AUGGAGCUUUCCAAUUAUGGUUACACAAUGGCUGACAUCGACUACUUUUGGGGACGGCAACGAUCAGAUCGGCAACAGAGUGCAGUAGUGUUCGGCAAUUUCAUGCUGCCACAAUUCAAACAGACCUGCUACCAUGUAAACUACACAAAAGCCACUACAUCAUCAGGUUCAUAUAGGCGUUUAUACUUCGAAAUUCUUCUUGUCCGAAAUAUGGGUUUCUAUUCGAUGAAUAUUGUCAUUCCGUCUAUGCUCAUCGUUACUAUUUCAUGGGUGAGUAGCGUGGAACUUGUUCCUGUUUAUUUGGAUUUAUAG